AUGGCAACUACCCAACCGGCGGGCUCGCCUGCCCCGUCCUCCAACAUCAACUCUCCGAUCAUACCUCCGGGCAAUGGCCCCCUCUUGAAUGGCAGUUUUUCCGAAUUGAACGCUCGAUCGUCUCCUGCCCCUGCAAGCAAUGCGUCAGUCCAAGGUGAUAAUGGACGCGCUAAAAGAGCCAAGAAGGACAGUCGCAAGAAACGAGAGGCCAAAGGGCUGGAUGCAGAAGGCGCUCCUCCCCGAAGAAACGAGCAACAGCCGUCAACACUGCCAUCACUCAACCAGGUAACAAGAAGGUCCUCAAAUGUGCUUGGACAGACCUGGGACUUUUACGAGGUUGUGGACAAGCUCACCAACAAGGGUGGCUAUCGCUAUACUUAUGCGAUUGCCGACCAAGAGUUUCCACAUAUCAAAUACCGCCAGACCGAUAUUUCACCCUACCACGCGCGUUUCAGCUUCGAGGAUUCGCCCCCAGCUAUCUUCUUUUCAGAGGACGCCUUGGCGGUGACGACUAGUGAUGCAUGGCACACGGCGCGAGCAAACGUGUGUGCACGCGAAGGUUCUUAUUACUAUGAAGCGCGGGUUAUCAGUGGUGUGGUGAACAGCGAUUCUCCGCAUGCGGCCAAUUCUGGGAAACGAGGCCAUGUCCGACUUGGUUUUGCUCGACGCGAAGCUGAUCUGGACGUCAACGUUGGUGUGGAUUGCUAUGGAUAUGGGAUUCGAGAUGUGAAUGGAGAGGUUGUCAAUCGCAUGCGGUGUGAGCCAUUCUUCCCCGAAGGAGAAGCCAUUAACGAGGGCGACGUUAUCGGCAUGCUCAUCUCUCUUCCUUCUCUCACCCUUCACAAAAAAAUCGUUGAAGGCACUUAUGAUCCUGCCGUGGAUGGCGAUGGUUUAAGUGUUCAGCCUCAACCGCCCGUCGCUGCCAAUAUUAUUCGAGAUCGAACCCCCUUCCAAGGCAAAAUCGGCGGGUUCUAUUGGCAACAGUCUCAUAUUUUCCCGACAAAGUACCUCCGCGAUUAUGCCUUCAAUCUGAAGGAAACUCCAACUUUCGGCCAUCCAUCACCAUUUAACAGCGAGGAUGCUUCUCUGCGGACCCUGCCUGGUUCUAGCAUAACCAUUUUUAAGAACGGGGUUCAAAUGGGCACACCUUUCAGAGACCUUUAUGCAUUCCUUCCACCAGCAAGCCGUCUCUCUAGUGGCACCAACAACCAAGGAAUUGGAGUUCGGGAGAACGCUGAUGAUGGAAUGAUUGGCUACUAUCCAGCCGUGAGCUGUUACGGUGGCGGUGCUGUUGAAUGCCGCUUUGACGGCCCUUGGUGGGUCGGGCCACCGGAACGAACUGAAUCUGGCGAGCCAGUCCGAGCCAUUGGAGAGCGAUUCAACGACCAGAUCGUGGAGGACGUGGUUGCUGAUAUUGUGGACGAGAUCGAGGCUAUGUUCACCUGGGGCAACUCCGACGGGGACGUCAUUGGCAACGAUAGCACUGAAGGACUAGAUGGUGCUAAUCCUGAGGCUCUUAGAGGCGGUGUUGCUGCACUUGACUCGGUAAAUUCGGCUCAGACCCCGAAGUCGACCGACCUAGGCGUGACAGCAGUAUACGAUUCCGCGGCCAAUAGCAACCAGGCUACACCAGCUGCGACUGGAGACCUUGACGUUGGAAUUCAUAUCGAAGAUACGAUGAGUGUGGGAACGGCAGGAACACCGAAUCCUGCGGCUGACCAGCCAUCAGCUGCUGCUGACGAAGACGUCGAAAUGACCCAGGGCUAA